AUGCCCCAUGACCCCGUCGAGCUGCGUGGCCAGAGUCGCGACAGCGGAAAAAUGAUCGUACUGGAUCGCUCCGCCGCAAAGGUCGAAAACUCGGUUUUCUCCAAUAUUGUCGACUAUCUUCGCCCCGGGGAUCUCCUGGUAUUGAAUGACAGCUACCUCCUUCCCAAUUUGCUGUGGUUCCAGCAUGGUGAGGGAUCCACCCAGCUGACUAUAUCCGGCCUCGAGCCAGACAGAACGGUCAUCAUCGCAGUGCAAACGAUUAAACUGUGGGGUGAACCGGGUAUCACCCUGGUUUCGAACAAUGAUACCCGACUCAGCUGUACUCUCAUAGGGGCAGAGCCUGGCAAUCUCUGGAAGGAAAAGUCGAGCCUGCAGAGCUUUUGA